AAUAAAACACGCGCCGCUGAUUACAAAUCAAGCAGCUUUUUCUAUAAAUUGCAGAGAAUUUGUUAAAAAUAAAGGGAUUUGAGAAAACACGAUAAUGUUAUUUUUUAUAUUUUCGUCAAUUAUAUUCCUAAUUUGGAUUUACUGUUUUCUUAUCGUGCCUCUAACUUUUUGGAAACAAAAAGGAGUGAAACAAAAAGGUUUAUGGAAUUGUUUUGUAACAUCUUGGUUAGUAUUUUUGAAACGUCAAAGCGUGGGGGAUAUGAUCAAAAGUUUCUACGAUGAAUUUCCAGGAAACAGAUAUAGUGGUUUGUAUCAAUUCAAUGCACCAGCGUUAAAUAUAAGGGAUCCUGAAUUAAUAAAGCAGAUAACGGUGAAGGAUUUUGAAUAUUUCAGUGCAAGAAGAACUUACAUUCCAGAGGAUACCGAUCCGUUGUUUGGCAAAAGUUUAUUUUUAUUAAAAGGUAAGCGAUGGAAAAAUUUACGUUCGACGAUAAGCCCGACGUUCACCUCUAGCAAAUUGAAAGGAAUGUUUCAUCUAAUAAAAGAAUGCUCGGAUAAUUUCACCAAAUAUUUUUUAAAAAAAGAGUUGGACGUGGUGCCUGUUCAAUUUAAAGACGUUUCAGGUCGAAUUUGUUCAGAUAUUAUAGCAACUGUUGCGUUCGGAAUAUCCGUUGAUUCUUUAGAAAAUCAAGAUGAUACAUUUCAUGAAAUGAUUAGCCGCGUCACCGAUCUUUCAAAGUUUUCCAAACUGAUCAGAUUCUUGGGGUUUUUAUUAGCACCGAGAUUAUUCAAAUUACUCAAUAUUAAAUUUGCCGAUGAAGAUGAAGAAAGAUUUUUCAGAAGCCUUGUUGAUUGUACAAUAAAGGAAAGAGAAGAAAAAAAUCUUGUUAGACAGGAUAUGAUACAUCUACUAUUGCAAACUAGACACGGGGUUAACAUUGAAGAGGAAACUACUUCAGACGAAACUGGUUUGGCUGUGAUAGAAGAUGAAACAACGAGUAAAGAACUUACUGAUAUAACCAACGAAGAUAUAACAUCUCAAACUUUUCAAUUCUUUUUCGCUGGAUUUGAAUUAGUAUCUACGGUGAUGUGCUUCAUGGCGCAUGAAUUAGCUGUAAAUCAGGAUAUUCAAAAUAAACUGAGAGCAGAAAUUGAAGAUACAGAUGAAAAAUGUAAUAGAAAUGUUACGUAUGAAGCUCUCGUUCGAAUGAAAUAUUUAGAUAUGGUCGUUUCAGAAACCCUUCGAAAAUGGCCUCCUCAAACUGGAACAGAAAGAAUCUGCACCAAACCCUAUACCAUCCAACCGUCAACUUUGGAAGAACGUCCGAUUGAUUUAAAACAAGGAACCGUUGUUGUAUUUCCAGUAUUCGGUAUACACCGAGAUCCAGAAUAUUUCCCGAACCCCGAACGUUUCGACCCCGAAAGAUUCAACGACGAGAAUAAACAUAAGAUAAGGUCUUACAGUUAUCUGCCUUUCGGAUCUGGUCCCAGAGGUUGUAUCGCGUCCAAACUUGCAAUAUUGGAAACGAAAAUUUUCUUUUAUACGCUUUUGAUUAAAUUCGAAUUGGUGCCUAUUGGGAAAACGUGCGUACCUCUAAAACUGGCAAAAAAUCCAGCUCUGAUUGCAGUGGAAGACGGUUGCUGGCUGGGAUUGAGGAAAAUAAAACACUAAAUUCGAAUUUUUACUUCAUUUAUGAUCUAUAAUGACAAUCUAUUAGUUUUUACUCUGAAUUAAUCAGAUUUUAUUGUAAAAAUUUUAUGUUUUUUAUUAUUUUUAUUGAUUUAAAAUAUAGUAAGACUUCACUUGAUGCCCGUUAAUAUCUAAUUUUUGUACUGAAGAAGAAGAAAUAUUAUGAAGACUUCUAGAAUUAAGUCAAGUACCAAAAAUUAUUACAGUUUUAGUUGCAAAACUAACGUGAUUAUUAUAUCUAUAGAAGGACGUAGGGCUGGGACAUCAACAGGUGAUUUUUAAUUCACCAGGACGUGAUCUUUUUCAGUCAUAUAAAAAAAAUGGCUUUAUAUUGAGAAAAUGACGACGUCAUGAUACAAUGUCAUCCCUCUGAGUACAAUUUUCAUGCAUCCAUUUAAAACAAUAAAUACACUGAAACCAAUCUUCGAUUUUUUCAGUUUCAUAUUCUUCUCCAGUUGAAUCUUCACUAUCCAAAUUUAUUUUACAUUCUUCGUAAGAAGUUAAUUCCACCUUCUUUUUAUACCCUUUUGAAGUCUGCUACUUAUUUUGCACGUUUUUUUGCAGUGUUGUCAAUAUCACAAAGAAAUCAAUAAAGAGUUUCGAAGCUGUU